CGCAGCAACUCGCCAACUCCUAUAUGUGCCAUCAACAAGUACUUUCAUUUGUUUCUAUAAAAAAAAAAGGUACUUUCAAGUUUCAUCAAUCUCUAACAAAAGUUACAGAACGUUGCCUUGUCUUGUCCACAGCUACUUCAUUCAGCUUCUAUUUUUCUCAGUUCUACCAUGGUAAAAAACCAGUAUAUUCUUAACAAAACAUGAAUAUUCCUUAGUGCCCAUCGCAUAUGCUAUAAAUUAUGAAACAAAAAUUUAUACUUUAGUUGGGUUUAGAAAUUUGUGGGUGUGUGUUUUUUUGUGGCUAAUUGGAUUUUGGAUUGGAAGAUGGUGAUGGUGAUGGGAGUAGUGAGUUGGGACUAUAGUGUUCUUGUUCCUCUCUUUCUUGUGUUUUUUAUUUUGAGUGAUUUAGAGCUUUGUAAUGGUGGAAUAACUAGUAGUUAUGUGAGAAAUGAUGACUUAUCUCUGGAUAUGCCAAUAGAUAGUGAUGUGUUCAGAGUUCCUCCUGGUUACAAUGCUCCCCAACAGGUCCAUAUAACACAAGGGGAUCAUGAGGGUAAGGGUGUGAUUGUCUCUUGGAUUACCCCAGAUGAACCUGGUUCAAGUACAGUGCUUUACUGGGCUGAAAAUAGCCAGCUCAAAAGCCAGGCUAAUGGAUUUUUUCUUACCUACAAAUUCUUUAAUUACACUUCUGGUUUCAUUCAUCACUGCACCAUUAACAAUCUGGAGUUUGACACCAAGUAUUACUAUGAGGUCGGGGUUGGGAAUACGACAAGGAAGUUUUGGUUUAGAACUCCUCCUAGAGUUGGCCCUGAUGUUCCUUAUACUUUUGGCCUGAUAGGGGAUCUUGGUCAAACUCAUGAUUCAAAUAGGACACUCACCCAUUAUGAAUUAAACCCAACAAAAGGGCAAACAGUAUUGUUUGUUGGAGACCUCUCUUAUGCAGAUGAUUAUCCAUUACAUGACAACAACAGGUGGGAUACAUGGGGAAGGUUCAUAGAGAGAAAUGCUGCUUAUCAACCUUGGAUAUGGACUGCAGGAAAUCAUGAGAUCGAUUUUGUUCCUGAAUUGGGUGAACCUAAACCAUUUAAACCUUAUACAAAUCGUUAUCAUGUACCAUAUAAAGCAUCAGAGAGUACGUCUCCUUUUUGGUACUCCAUCAAGAGAGCUUCAGCAUAUAUCAUUGUUAUGUCUUCCUACUCAGCUUUUGGGAAAUACACUCCUCAAUACAAAUGGCUUGUGAAGGAACUGCCCAAAGUGAACAGGACUGAGACACCGUGGCUUAUUGUUUUUAUGCAUUGUCCAUUAUAUAGUAGUUAUGUACAUCAUUACAUGGAAGGGGAAACCAUGAGAGUGAUUUAUGAAGAAUGGUUUGUGCAGUAUAAAGUUGACGUUGUCUUUGCUGGUCAUGUUCAUGCCUAUGAACGAUCUGAACGGAUAUCAAAUGUCGCAUACAACAUUGUAAAUGGCUUGUGCACUCCCAUUAGCGACCAAUCUGCCCCAGUUUAUAUAACCAUUGGAGAUGGAGGAAAUCUAGAAGGAUUGGCGACCGAGAUGACAGAGCCCCAGCCAAGCUACUCAGCUUACCGUGAAGCUAGCUUUGGGCAUGGAAUUUUAGAUAUAAAGAACAGAACUCAUAUGUAUUUUGGUUGGCAUCGUAAUCAAGAUGGUUAUGCUGUAGAAGCUGACUCUGUAUGGUUACUAAACAGAUAUUGGAAUCCCUCAGAAAGAUCAUCUGUAGCUGCAUUACGAUAAGGGUCAUUUUCUUGUCUGUAAUAAGCUACUGAUACCAUGUAAAAUGCACAUUUCUCCUCUUUCAUAGUCUUGCCUUCUUUUUGCUUUGCUAUCUGGUGUCACUAUGGUGAGAACAUGUGUAGAACUACUUUAAAAACUAUUGAAAAGUUUGCAGGUAAGUUAGAGUUAAUUGUGAAUAACAGUGAUAUUGUUUGGAAUA